GCGGGCGGGGCGCGCGACGCGGAGCGCGAGGCCCGGAGGCGUAGCCGCGACAUCGACGCGCUGCUCGCCCGGGAACGGCGCGCCGUGCGGCGCCUGGUCAAGAUCCUGCUGCUGGGAGCUGGCGAGAGCGGCAAGUCCACCUUUCUCAAGCAGAUGCGCAUCAUCCACGGCCGCGAGUUCGACCAGAAGGCGCUGCUCGAGUUCCGCGACACCAUCUUCGACAACAUCCUCAAGGGCUCAAGGGUUCUUGUUGAUGCACGAGACAAGCUUGGCAUUCCGUGGCAGUAUUCUGAAAAUGAGAAGCAUGGGAUGUUCUUGAUGGCCUUUGAGAACAAAGCAGGGCUGCCUGUGGAGCCUGCCACCUUUCAGCUGUAUGUCCCCGCUCUGAGUGCUCUCUGGAGGGAUUCUGGAAUCAGGGAAGCAUUCAGCCGGAGGAGCGAGUUUCAGCUGGGUGAAUCAGUGAAGUACUUCCUGGAUAACUUAGACCGGAUUGGCCAGCUGAAUUACUUUCCUAGUAAGCAAGAUAUCCUGCUGGCUAGGAAAGCCACCAAGGGCAUUGUGGAACAUGACUUCGUUAUUAAAAAAAUCCCUUUUAAGAUGGUGGAUGUGGGUGGCCAGCGGUCUCAGCGCCAAAAGUGGUUCCAGUGCUUUGAUGGAAUCACCUCAAUCUUAUUCAUGGUCUCCUCUAGUGAAUAUGACCAGGUUCUCAUGGAGGACAGACGUACCAACAGACUGGUGGAGUCGAUGAACAUCUUUGAGACAAUAGUCAAUAACAAGCUCUUCUUCAAUGUCUCCAUCAUUCUGUUCCUCAACAAGAUGGACCUCCUGGUGGAGAAAGUGAAGACCGUGAGCAUCAAGAAGCACUUCCCAGAUUUCAAGGGUGACCCCCACAGGCUGGAAGACGUCCAACGCUACUUGGUCCAGUGUUUCGACAGAAAGAGACGAAAUCGCAGUAAGCCCCUGUUCCACCACUUCACCACGGCCAUAGACACUGAGAACAUCCGCUUUGUGUUUCAUGCUGUGAAGGACACAAUCCUGCAAGAGAAUCUAAAAGAUAUUAUGUUGCAGUGAAAAAGAAAGCCCCCUAUUUUUGUCGUCCUCAAGAUUGGUCAGAUCUCUUUGGUGUGUAUUACCUAUGUGGUCCUUGAGUGGGUUUCUCAGCUCCAGGCCAUCGAAUACCUGGCUCAAGAAUGCUGUAAAACCAGUCAAGUGAUGAGCUCUAGGCAAAAGGACAUGGAAACUUCGAUGAUAGCUACUGAUUCCUGGGACUAGUGAAACUACUGAAAAUCCAAGUGAUCACUUUGGUAUUAAUUUGUAAUACCUAAUAACACAGCUUGCUUUCUUUUUACAGAAACUUUAUUUCUUUUCUGACACAAUUUAAUCAAGGAUUACGUGUGUAUACUCACACAUGUUCUCUCUUUAAUGACAAAAACACAAAAACUAGCUGGUCUUUUCUCUCUAACUUACAAGUCUUCACUGAGACAACCUAACCUUAAAGCUUUGCCUAACAGUAGUUUGUGGCAUCAAAUGCAUGCCGAUGCUGCUAAACUCAGAGUGCCCGGGCCUGGCCCUGCAGCCCCAGCCCCAGGAUCUGAACGCCACCUCCCAAAGUGAAUGUGUUGCCUUUUAAAACCCUAGUGCCAAUUCCUGGGAGGCCCUAGUCCAGGAGUAUUAGAUGAAGCCCAGAAGCUGUGCUAGCAAGCCCCUCCCGCUUUAGAGGAGGGAAUUGGGAGCUUUGCAGAGUGGACUUGCCUUAACGCCCCACAGCAUGCUGGGCUCUCCCCAACUGUCACACUGCCCAGCAACACACAUGGAGUGGAGAGGACACUGACACUUAAUUGCCACUCCAUCUAUGUGUGCACAGUGGUGCUUUUUUUUAACUUACCUGCCCUCACCUCCACCUGAUGACAAAGAUAAAUAUACCAAGUAGCCUUGCAGACGACUCUUCUGUCUCACUUGCAAGUCAUCUUUUUGACACUAUGGUUGACAGCAUGUAGCAUUUUCUCUCAGAAACAGUAGAGAGUUUCAUACUCUUCUUCUGGGCUUUCUGAAAGCUGGCAAGACGACUAGCAAAGCUUUCUUUGGUGCCACAGCCGCUUGGAGAGUUCUUACAGCUGACCUUUCAGGAAGCCCACAAACUGGAGAAACCUGAGUUUCUCCAAACUGCUGCCACACCAAUGCCUUAGGACAGCCGGACCCUGUUCACGGCUCUCCUUUAAGUCUGUUUCUUACCAAGGUCUCUGCUUCUAUUACUGUACACACAGAACAAAUAAACACCACCAGAGAGAGCUCUGAUUGGAGUGAAUCUUCAAAAGGCUGUGAAUGUUAACAUGAGCUGGUAAAUCUUCAGCUCAGUUAACCCAUCCGGUUACCUUCCAGGUGUCUUUCACUGUGUUUAAAAAUACACUGCAUUCCAAACCAGUCCCUUCUGUGUUUUAUUCUGUGAGGAAGCCUGUCUAGAACAUUUGGGGACUUUUUCUAGCAUUGAAAAGAAAAGAACAAGCUUCCUCUGAACUGGCACCAGAAUGUUACUGUGGCUUAAUAACACAUCCCAGGGCCCUUGGCCGGAGGCCACACUGUUCCUGACCCUUGUGUCCCUUCUGCAUCUCUCUUGGCUUGUUUUCCGUAAGCCAGAUAAACACAAAUGUUGUGGCAGAUG